GAUACAAGAUCUCUAAAAACACAGUUAUCUCAAGCUGAAGUACACAAAGUUUCAAGGCCAGAAAAUGAGCAACUCAGAAAUGAUAGCAAGAGACAAGUAGUUUCAGGGGCUCCUUCAGCUCCAAGGAGAGGUCGUGGAGGUCAUCGAGGUGGCAGGGGAAGAUUUGGUAUUCGGCGAGAUGGUCCAAUGAAAUUUGAGAAAGACUUUGACUUUGAAAGUGCAAAUGCACAAUUUAACAAGGAGGAGAUUGACAGAGAGUUUCAUAAUAAACUUAAGUUAAAAGAAGAUAAACUUGAGAAACAGGAGAAACCUGUAAAUGGUGAAGAUAAAGGAGACUCAGGAGUUGAUACCCAAAACAGUGAAGGAAAUGCUGAAGAAGAAGAUCCACUUGGACCUAAUUGCUAUUAUGAUAAAACAAAAUCCUUCUUUGAUAAUAUUUCUUGUGAUGAUAAUAGAGAACGAAGACCAACCUGGGCUGAAGAAAGAAGAUUAAAUGCUGAAACAUUUGGAAUCCCACUUCGUCCAAACCGUGGCCGUGGUGGAUACAGAGGAAGAGGAGGUCUUGGUUUUCGUGGUGGCAGAGUGCGUGGUGGUGGCAGAGGUGGUACCUUCACUACCCCUCGAGGAUUUCGUGGUGGAUUCAGAGGAGGUCGUGGGGGCAGGGAGUUUGCAGAUUUUGAAUAUAGAAAAGACAACAAAGUUGCUGCAUAAUCUACAAAUAAGUCUUUAAAUAUAGGUGAAUUUCU